AUGCGAAGCGGCCCCGGAUCUUCUGUGUCUUGUCGUGUUUGUGUGUACCUCACCAUUUUCCCUCUCCCUCCCAUCGUGGCAUCGACAUGCCGCUCCGACCGACCAUCCCCACCCAUUUUCCCACUCGAGCUCCCAUUCCCGCCGCCCCAAGCUCGAAAACCCUACCGACCUCCACCCAGCCAACCAUGGCGCCGCCCCUUACCUCCGGUAAGCAGCCCCAACCCCCCGACCUCGCCUCCUACCCGCAUCGGCCCUAACUCGUCCCUCCCCUUUCCUCCCCCUGCAGCUGCAGGGCCGCAGCAGCGGCGGCUCCUCAAGGCGGCGGCCGACGGCGACCUCGGCCGCUUCAAGAGCAUCGCGAGCGCGCUGGACGGCGGGAAGGGCUGCGUCAAGGAGGCGGUGGAGGCCGCCAGGGACGCCGGAUCAGGGGCGCUGCACGCCGCCGCCCGCCACGGGAGGAUGCCGGUGUGCGUCUACCUCGUCGAGCAGCUUGGCGUGAACGUCGAUGCCGCAGACGACAAAGGUGAUACACCUCUGAUGUAUGCACUUGGUUGGGGGAAUUUGGAUAUUGUGAGGUAUCUCCUUGAUCAUGAUGCUGAUCCAGAAAAGCCUGGUGAACACGGAGCGACCGCUCUCCAUGUGGCAGCUGGAGCAGGAAUGUGUGAAAUGAUAGAAGUCUUGCUCUCAAAAGGAGCUGAUGUUAAUUCCGUUUCUUUCUGUGGGACACCAUUGCAUGCUGCUAUUAUCGGGAAGCAUGAUGCUGCUGUGAAGACCUUGUUGAAUCACCAUGCAGAUUGUAACAAGGCAAUGGGCAUACAUUAUACGCCUCUGGUCGCUGCUAUCCAUAUUUGCUCACUGAAAUGUGUGAAACUUCUGAUUAAGGCGGGUGCUGAUGUGAAGGGUGUUGGUCCGCUAACCCCCUUAAUAGCCGCUGCAUCUGAUGGUUUAACUGAUUUCUAUAAACCUUUACUCGCGGCUGGUGCUGAUCCUGAUGUUCGUGAUGAUGUAAGGAAGUUUUUAGCAAGUAAAAUUGCUGUUGGUAACUUGGUAUCCGUAUUUCUGAAAGAUGGUCCGUUUCCUGAUACAACUAAUGGAUGUUACUAUUGA